AUGGCUGAUCCUAGCUCCUCUGCGCCGGCUGCUGCCUCAGCGCCGUCAUCCACAGUCCCGAAGCCUCCGAAGCCUGUUCAGCAGAAUCAGGCAUUUCGAAUGCUCGGGCUGCCGGUAUUCCCCCGGAAGCUUCCGUCCCGAAAUUGGAUGAUUUUCUGGACCGUCUCAACAACGAUCACCGGAGCUAUUAUAUACGACAGACGGGAGAAGAAGCGCGCGACCGCACGCUGGGCGCAUGCUGUGUCUCAUCUUGCAAAUGAGCCCCUCCCGUCACCAAGCGCCAUGCCCAGGAAGUUGACCAUCUACUUACAAGCACCUCCGGGUGACGGUUUGCGCAUCGCCCAAGAUCAUUUCACCGAGUACGUGAAGCCUGUGCUGGCAGCCAGCGGGCUUGACUGGGACUUUGUGCAGGGACGAAUGCAGGGAGAUGUCCGAGCCGUCGUUGCAGAACGCGUCAGGCGAGCAAGAAGAAACACGGAGGCUGAUAUUGGCGGUAAAGAUUCGGCCAUCGAAACAUCCCUACAGACUGAAGAUGAUGCAGUCGAAACUUGGAGACGAAAGAAUAAUGUACCUGAGUUCGAGGGCGUGCGAGGUGAUAUUGUGAUCGGUCGACACACGUGGAAAGAAUACAUUCGAGGCUUGCACGAGGGCUGGCUGGGGCCCCUGGCCCCUCCCCCUGAGCCUGAGCCCGAACUCCCUCCAGCUAUAGAGAAUUCAGAAUCCGAAGGCGAGAAAGCAGAGGAGAAGCCGAAACGUCCGCCACAGAUCAAGCCCUAUAAUAGCGUUGAAGAUUAUUCAACCGCUCAUCUUCCACUUCUGAUCCCUUCAGAACUUACUCCCUCCACACCGAUACCAUUCCCUCACAUUCUCGGCUUCCUCAACACCCCUAUUCGAACCUACCGUUACUUCACACAGCGUCGACUUGCGGACGAAAUUGGCCGUGAGGUUGCUGCGGUUUGCCUCGGUACGUAUCGAGAGUUCCGCCAGGCUGAUAAUGUAGCCACAACCACAGAGGAACAGUGGGAGCAGCAGACCGCAUUAGCUCACGAGGAGCAAAACUGGGUAAAGAGCACUUGGAAGGAAGAAGAAACCACGGUAGACGAUGCCAAACCUACAGCAGAGACGCCGAAGACAGAGAAGAUAUGGCCCCGGCCAGUUGUCAUGGACCCAAGGGUUGCUAUGCGUAUGCGGAGGUUCGAGCUCCUUCCUGAGGAUGAAGAGCGUGCAAGACAGAUCGUCAUCCCCGAAGAAGAGAUCGAGGGCUGGAUCAAGGGGAACCUCCGGCACAUCUGGCGAUGGGGAGCUGGCAAGUUCUCCAAGGAGAAGAAGACAAUCCCCCUCGACGACGAAGCGGAGUAA